UAGUCUGAUCUCUGUGUCAGUUGCGCAAUUGUUAGAUCGUGUGUACUUUGCGUCUAAACAUUUAACCGUUACGUUACUGAUGAUAUUGUUAAUAAACGUGUUUUAUCUUCAAGUAAUUCGGUUAUUUCUUCGGAAAUAAACAAAAACCCAGAAAGAACAUUACGUGGUUAAGUUCAGUGGGCCAGUGAAGACGCGUGUGUUUUUUCCCCAUCUCAUUCCCCCAUAUAAGUGUGCUUCCCCAACUGUGAUUUUGUUUUGUUGUGAACGUUCUAUGUUGUUCGAGUUUGCUUCAAGAAGGCGUCUCUUGGGAUUUUUUACACGGUGGGCCCUUUAGGGCCGAAGAGUGUUGCUCCAAAACUUUCCGGAGUUGUUUUUGUGGAGUGCUCGGAACCGCGAUGGCGAUUCAACUACAAUACCGUUGAUUAAAAGAAGAGCCGGCAGGACCACUCGCUUCCAAGAUGGAUGCGUCCCUGUGCACGCUGUCUUUGGUCCUGGUUACCUUGAUUAUCCAAAAUGCUGCCUGGCCACAAGAUCCUGCUCCACGGCUACACAUCAAAUACCGUGAUGUAAUCGGUCAGCGUUUUCUGGGAAACGAGAGUCACGUGGAGCACUUCAAACUCCUAGAGCGAGCAGCCACUUUCAUUCUGAUCGGAGCCAGAAACGCCAUUUACAACAUAAGUCUACACGAUCUGACAGAAAUUGCCGAUCAGAGGCUGCAGUGGUCCAGCAGCCGCGCCCAUCGAGAACUAUGCUACUUGAAAGGAAGGAGCGACGACGAGUGCCAAAAUUAUGUGAGGGUCUUUGGCAGACAAGGCCCGGAUCGCUUUUUAACUUGCGGAACGAACGCAUACAAGCCCCUCUGCAAACAAUUUACAAUUAAGAAUGGUGCUUACGUAAGUGAAAAUGACAUGGAUGGGCUUGGUUUGUGUCCCUAUGACCCCCAACACAACAGCACUGCCGUUUUUGCAGGUGGCCAACUCUACGCAGCAACCGUUGCGGAUUUCUCCGGUGGUGAACCGCUAAUUCACAGGGAGAAGAUUCGGACAGAGCGUUCGGAUUUGAAUCAGUUAAAUGGUCCAAACUUCGUCAGUUCUUUUGCCUACGGAGACUACGUGUUCUUCUUUUACCGGGAGACUGCUGUGGAAUACAUGAACUGCGGCAAGGCCGUAUAUUCUCGUGUCGGUCGAGUAUGCCAACACGAUAAAGGUGGGCCCCACGCUUUUAGUGACAGAUGGACGAGUUUCCUGAAAGCGAGACUCAAUUGCUCCGUACCAGGAGAUUAUCCCUUCUACUUCAAUGAAAUACAGUCAACGAGCGACGUGACCGAAGGGGUAUACGCUGGCGAGCACACACAAUUAAUUUACGGAGUGUUCACGACUCCUGUCAAUUCCAUUGGUGGUUCUGCCGUUUGUGCAUUCGCCAUGAGAAACGUGCUUGAGGUCUUCCAAGGAGCUUUCAAGGAGCAGGAAACUAUCAAUAGCAAUUGGUUAAGGGUACUUCCAGAAAAAGUCCCUGAACCAAGACCUGGAGCUUGCGUCAACGACUCGAGGACACUUCCGGAUGUCACUGUCAACUUUGUCAAAUCUCAUCCUCUCAUGGACGAUGCUGUUCAAUCUUUCUUUGCUCUACCUGUCAUAUCAAAAGUCACCUUCAAUUACAGAUUCACUAAAGUGGCAGUCGAUCCACAAGUCAAAGCCCUCGACGGAAAAGCUUACGACGUACUUUAUAUUGGAACUGACGACGGCAGAGUAUUGAAGGCUUUGAAUACAAAAGCGCCCGACUCUCGAAGUAGUCCUGGUGAAAAUAUCAUCAGUGACGUCCAAGUGCUCAAAUAUGGUGAAGCUGUGAAAGACCUGCAGGUCGUUCACCUAGCGGGAGAGGCCAGUAAAUUAGUUGUGGUUGCCGACUCAGAAAUUCGAGCCAUUCCCUUACAUCACUGUGAUUCCCCUACUGCCAAUUCCUGUACGGCUUGUGUUGCUCUACAAGAUCCCCAUUGCGCCUGGGACGCAACCACAAAUCUCUGCGUAGCCGUGCCAACGAAACUGCACGUCAACGAUGCAGAGAAAACGCUCUUCCAAGAUAUCGCAAAUGGUAAACACAAAGGAUGCGGAUACGAACCUGAAAUGGCGAAAUCCGUACCACCAGCGAUUCCGCCCCGAAUUGGGCGUGGAGAGCAGCCCGACGAACGAGACAAUGAAAUUGUUAUCGAGCUGGAUCGAGACAAUCAAUACAGUCGUACGCAACCAAGAGCUAAUGAGCCACAAGGUGUGGUAGUAACUCCAGUUGUGUAUUCCGCACACACCUUAACCGGAGCUUUGAUAGGAACCUGCUUCUUUUCCCUCAUAGCGGGGUUUGCAUCGGGGUUCUGGUUUUCGCAAAGGUUGCGGAGCGCACCCUAUCCCGAUCCUCCUGAGCAGAGGCAGCAAUUGAAUCGCCUCACGGAAAACACCGAGUCACCCGGUUACAACAACAAGUCCAUAAACCUCGUUCUGAACGUCCCCCCUAAAAAUCCCAACGGGAAAAAUGCCAAUUCGUCUGCGGAGAACAAGCCUAUGCAGAAGGUCAAGAAAACGUAUAUAUGAUACAGAAGACGACAAGCCGUCUGAGGCUUGCCCCCCGACCCAGAGGGUUCCAGUUCCUCCGACAUGUCGCAUUCCGAAAACCCCUACGACCAAUACGACGGGGAAUCCGAGAAGCUCAGGUCCAGGAACAAUCUGACACCAUGCACCAUCUCUGGAAGCAGUUCAGAAAACAACCUCUACGCCAGUGCUGAAGUCGAACCUUCACUCAACAAAGGUUACAGUUCCGAGGUCAACCUGGAUUCGAUGCACCUGCAAAUGGGUCAAAUUGCCUAUCAGCAACAAUACAAAGCCAGCUUGAGGCGCAAGUGUAAAGAGGGCGGUCUCUCUCAGGAAAUAUAUUCCAAGCUAAAUCGCUCCGUCGCUGACGACACGGCCCGAAAUUACUCGAACCAGAAGCUGGAACUGCUGGACUUUUAUGAAGAAAGUCCCUCGCGGAGCGUCGCACUCGAACAGCCGGAAUUUCGAGAAAUGCGUGAGCACUACAUGGUGCCCACCCACGACCCCAGUCGAGUCAGCAAGAAGUCCCUCUCGCUUUUCAACCCCCAGUUUCUUCCCAAUUUCAACGAUAUGAUCAUGUACGUGGCGCAAGGUGACGGCAAGGACAGUCGUCAAUUUUAUCCCAACAAUACACGUCUGCAGGAAAGUUUGGAUUUUAUGAAACCACCCAGUGGGUAUAGAAAUGUUGUGCAUGCAGCACCACGUUCUCAUAAUGCUGAUCCACAAGCGUGUUUAAGCUUGUAUCCGCAAAAUUCAGCUCAUUGUGAGGAGGUGACUAAUGAAGAUAUCUUCAUUUUGAAGAGGGAGCUCAGAGAAAGCACGUGGAAAGACAAGUAUGAUUUGAGAGACUGUACGUCUUAGUCUUUGGUGAAAUCAUCUUCUCUUCAGCCUUAAAAAUUGUAAAUCAGUCUUCUAAGAUAUGAAAUUUGUUGUAGGCUUUCAACUCCGGCGAAAAAAUUCGGACUUUUUAAUCAAGUUUGGGAAAUGUUGAAAAUUGGAGUGUGUUGUAACUAGGUACUUGGAUUUUUUUCGCCGGAAAAAGAAGUAGGAAUGUGUUUUCUAUUCGCUUGAGAUGGAAAGCGUGGUGGAUGAGCAGGUAAAUGCGAUCAGAAUUAUCUAUGUUGUUCAUUAAAAAUUUUUCAGAUAGUAAAAAUCACGAAAGACGUUUGUUAUCUAAAAUAUUUAGACUAUUUUUUAAACCAAAUUUUGAUAUUCUAAAUGCAAGAGAAAGAGCGACCCUUCUUUUUGAUGUAUUAUGUUUUUGUUCAAGAAAAAUUUUAGAAUUUUACAUUCGCCUGGAUCGUUUAUGGUCAAUGCUUUAAUUUUGGAAUCCAAGCCCUCAGACCAAAAAGAUUUUUUAUCAGGAGAAAAAUUUAGCAAUAAUAACCUAUAUUUCAGGGUCCUGAAAUUCAAUAUUAAAUCUAAAAUUAUUUUUUAAUCAUUAAUUGACUGGUACAAUAUUGUGCCUUUUCAAUUCUGUAAAUUCAUUGAAUUUUGCAGAUUCAGACUUUUAAGAUCAAUGACGUUGUUAAUUAAACAAAUGUUAAUUAUUUUGUGAAAUUUCAUUGCGUAUGAUUCUUUGCUUUGAAGGGCUUGGAUUUUGAAACCGAGAGAGGGUUCUAAAAUUCUCGAGAAUUGAAAUUCGGUGCCUAUUGAAAAUGAACAUUUUUCAUUCUUGAAAUACCUCAGUUAUCCUCCUUUUUGUUAAGGGCAUGCGACACAGUGGGAUUCCUACAUUACCAACCUCUUUUUUCCAUUGAACAAAAUUUUUUUGUGAACCAUAGAACUUUUUUGGUAAAUGAAAUA